AUGGAGGAACUUUGUUACAACUUUGAGCAGGAAGACUCCGCUCCUGAUUUUCUCUUCUGGGAUCAGGUCGAUCCCAACACUCAAUUGGACAACUUCCUACCGGACUGCUCUUCCCUGGUCGACCAGUUCUCCCCUUGGCCCUCCCCGGGGGAGGCGGCGGUGGGAGCGGCGGGGGGUGCUGAACUGGACAGCUCCCCCUCGCCGCCGCCCCCCGGCCACCCCCGCCAGCGGCACGCCGCCAACGUCCGCGAGAGGAGGAGGAUGCUCAACAUCAACUCGGCCUUUGACCAGCUCAGAUGUCACGUACCGACCUUCCCGUACGAGAAGCGGCUCUCCAAAAUCGACACGCUCCGGUUGGCCAUCGCCUACAUCGCUCUCCUUGGUGAGAUCCUCCUCUCCGGGUGCAAUCCUAAAUCCUACGUGGAGAAGUGCCUGAAGGAUGGUUUGCGAAGUCAACACCGGACAACCUGGAAUACAAGCGAUCUGACAGCCCGCCUGUCUUGGGUAAAGUGGGAUUAA